AUGGAACAGGCCAUGAUUGACACCGGCACAUAUGGGGACAGCUUGUUCAAAAUAAAAAGCAGAGCCAAUCACGCCAUCCAAGAAAGACUGGCCGGUCGGUGGGCUCCAAAACGCACCAGUUGGAACCUAGCAAAAAAUGGUGACUUUGAAACUGGUCCUCAUGUCUUCAAGAACUUCUCAACAGGGGUCCUCCUCCUCCCCAAACAAAAAGAUUCAAUUUCACCACUCCCAGGAUGGAUCAUUGAGUCCCUUAAACCGGUAAAGUACAUCGACUCGAAGCACUUCUCCGUACCCUCAGGACUUGCAGCCAUUGAAUUGGUAGCGGGAAGAGAAAGCGCUAUCGCACAAAUCCUCAGGACAAUUCCCAACAAACUCUACAACCUCACAUUCACUGUCGGAGACGCAAAGAACGGCUGCCACGGGUCGAUGAUGGUCGAAGCUUUUGCCGCGAAGGAAACCCUAAAAGUUCGCUUUGAAUCUAGGGGAAAAGGAGGGUUUAAGACUGCCAGUCUUAAAUUCCAGGCAGUUUCUGCUAGGACAAGGAUAACAUUUUACAGUGCAUUUUAUCACACAAAGCUUCAUGACUUCGGUCACAUUUGUGGGCCAGUUUUGGAUAAUGUUAGAGUUUUUCUGGCCUCUUAG